CACACACACACUGACCAGCACAAGAAAACGUACAUAUAUACAUCAAGAUAAACAAAAUUCGAUCGAUCACGAGUUCUUCGAGCUGAUCAGCAAGAUCAUCAUCAUCAGCUAGAGCUAGCUAAAGUAGCUUAAUUAGCAUCGAUCGAUGACGGAGGGGAAGAAGACGAAGACGAAGCCGCACAGGAGGGCGUGCUGCCUGCUGCUCGCCGCCGUCGCCGUCCUCGGCGCGCUGGUGCUGGCGCUCUACCUCGUCUACCGCCCCCGUCCGCCGCGCGUGGUGGCCACGCCGGUGGACGUGACGAUCGAGCUCUUCAGCCUCGUGCCGCCGAAGCUGAAGGCCGCCGUCGGCGUGCACGUGGUGGUGACCAACCCGAGCAACUCGGCGUACCGGUACGGCGAGUCGCUGGCGUCGGUGACGUACCACGGCGAGCGCGUGGGCGCGUCGGUGGUGCCCCGCGGCGAGGUGGAGGCGAGGUCGACGCGGCUGAUCGAGCCGGCGACGGCGGUGGACGUGGUGCGCGUCGCCGAGAGCCCGCACUUCGCGCACGACGCGGCCGCCGGCGUGCUGCCGUUCGUGGCGGUGACCACCGUGGAGGGGAAGGCGCUGGUGCUCCGGUCGUUCGAGGUGAGCGUGUCCGUGGAGGUGGUGUGCUUCGUGCAGAUGUACGUGUUCCACGGCGAGAGCACCUCGCGCUGCGUCUCCACCGUCCGCACGGCCACGGAAACCGUCUCGUCGGAGCCAUCCGGCGCCCGUGGCGCACGUAACUCUGUUCCUAGCUAUGACUAGCUAAACUACACACGUACUACGUAGUAUUACACUACACUACACAUGUCACAAACUUUAUUAUUUAUUGGAGUACUUUUUACAGUGUUUCAUUUUGUAAUUUUUGAGUGUAUAUAUAUACAUAUAUGCAUUCCUUCAGUUCUCAUUUACUUUCUUCGUCCUAAAAUAUAAUACGAGAAUGAUACAGUCUGUUCAGAUUCAUACUAUCUACUUUCUCC